CCACUGCACUGUUGCUACUCAGUUGUUGUAGUAACCAGGAAGAUUAACGGCGCUGUGAUGCUUCCGCCAGCUAGUUAGCUGUUAGCGUUUCUGCACCAGAAGGUACGGCAUAUGGUAUAACCGCCAGUCCGUGCCAACGUCUUGUGUAUGUGCAGUAAGAAGGUUUCAUCGCCGCCACAGUAGAGCAGCUUUCGUUAUUACCUGGAGGAUUUCACCGGGUAGUCAGCCUGACUUUGAUGGGAAAAUGCCAGCCGUGGUUCGGGAGAAAGAGGACUCAGAAUCUUCUUCUGAGGACGAACAUGGAGAACAUCCUUGCAUCGCAUGGAGUGGCAUUAGCAGGACAAUCCCAGUUAUUGUUUUUCUACCCGAGGCUGUUGUUUCAAAAAACAGGCGUAUCUGCUCUGUUGGAGAGAGAUAUAAUAUGUCCUUCAAGAUUGUUCGCACAGAUAGCCGCCUAGUACGACGGAUACUCAUGAAUCAUGGGUUUCAUGAGGUUCACCCAAACAGUAACAACUUCAACCUGAUGUGGACUGGAUCUCACCUCAAGCCUUACCUACUACACAGCCUUCAAGAGUUCCAGAAGGUCAACCACUUUCCCAGGUCAUAUGAAUUAACUCGCAAAGACCAUCUCUAUAAAAACAUCCAGCGGAUGCAGCAGACUUAUGGCUUCAAAAACUUCCAUAUAAUUCCUCAGACCUUUGUGCUUCCCUCUGAGAGCGAGGAGUUCCGCAGUUGUUUUGCUAAGGACAAGGGACCAUGGAUAAUUAAACCAGUUGCAUCUUCAAGAGGACGGGGAAUCUAUUUGGUCAGCAAUCCAAAUCAGAUUUUAAUGGAUGAAAACGUCUUGGUGUCACGCUACAUAAAUAACCCCCUAUUAAUCGAUGAGUUCAAGUUUGACGUUCGUUUAUAUGUAGUGGUGACAUCUUUCAACCCGCUGCUCAUCUAUGUCUAUGAAGAGGGUCUCGCUAGAUUUGCUACAGUUAAGUACGAUCAGACUACAACACACAUCAAGAACAAUUUCAUGCAUCUCACCAACUACAGUUUGAACAAAAAGAGCAGUGAUUAUGUCAGCUGCGAUGACCCUGAAGUUGAGGAUUAUGGGAACAAAUGGAGUAUGAGUGCAGUGUUGAGGUAUUUGAAGGAGGAGGGAAAGGACACCACAUUGUUGAUGAGGCAAGUGGAGGACCUCAUCAUCAAAGCCGUGCUUAGCGCCGAGCUGCAGAUAGCCACUGCCUGCAAGAUGUUUGUUCCUCAUAAAGCAAACUGCUUCGAACUGUACGGGUUUGAUGUCCUAAUUGACUCCAACCUUAAGCCCUGGUUGUUAGAGGUGAACCUUUCACCCUCUCUGUCCUGCGAUGCACCCUUGGAUCUGAAGAUAAAGGCUAGCAUGAUUGCAGACAUGCUUUCACUUGUGGGCCUUGUGGGUCAAGACCCUCUGUUGAAACAGCCUCGUUCAGAUCGAUUCACGAUCGACAAGAAGGGGGGACCAAGGCUGCAGCACAGGACUGUAUCAGCCGUUAGUUCGGAAACAAAUGGCGACAAGCAAAAAACUAAAAGUCUAGAAGAGAGCACUCUGAACCUGACUACUGAGGAGAUCAAAGUGCUGAGGAGGAUAAGGGAGGAGUAUGAGAGAAGAGGGGGUUUCAUAAGAAUCUUCCCCACCCAGGAUACAUGGGAGCUUUAUGGAGCAUAUCUGGAGUCCAAGCCGUCACUGAACUCCUUGCUGGCAAAGCGACUUUUCCAUGGAAGACCCAUGAACAGGAACACUCACCUGAUGGCGGACACAAUUCGUGGCCGUCACGUUGUUCAGUAUGAGAGGAAGCUGCUGUCUCUGGAAGCACAAAAAAGGAAAGAGCGCCACCUGAGUCAUCACACUGCUACGAGGAGAAAAAAACGGAGGAAGGAAUCCAAGGCCUUCCUGGCUGAAAACAGAAGCCCGGAGACCGAAGAGUGUUCUCAGGAGGAAAUCGAGGAGGUGAAACAACCUCUUGAGCCACUCCCGCUCAAGGUUUUGGUAAUGGAGCAAAGUAAACAAGCGGCCACACCACUGGAGCAAAGCCACAACAAACCUGAGUCCAGCUCAGACGCAGCCGUGCAAAAUGCCAGGCCCGCAGUCAACCUCCUGAACGUCCUUCAGCAGGGGCGGGACCUCAGCAAAGUGCAGGCUCGGAUGGCCUUUUCCUCUUACCUUCAGCGAGUCCAGUGCAGGCUUUUAGUUGAGAGCAAAACCAACUCUAUCCCAACCUGGCCAGACGACGACAACGACCAGAUGGAGCUUGUGAUACGAUUCUUGAAAAGAGCUGCCAUUAACCUUCAACAAGACAUAAACAUUGUGUUGCCCAAUCACCAGUUACCACUCCAAGAUCGCAGACGCAUCCUGUCCUUCCAGUUAGGAGAGUUCAUCCACUGUUACAAUAAGGAAACUGAGUUGAUGUCAAAGCAGGAAAGUGGCGAAGAGGAGCAUUGUGUUAACGAGAGUGUAUUUCAAGAGUACAUUACAGAAGCAAGUGAGAACGAUCUGGAGGAAGUGCUGACAUAUUAUACACAUAGAAAUAAAUCAGCCAACGUCUUCUUAGGAAAUAAAGUUAGAAGUGUCAAGGCUCAGGAUUCAGGCAGCAGGGCAAAUUCUAAAACUUUGCCUGUGACCAAAGAAGACUCCAGAGCUUCAGAGUCCUCACUCUCUGCAGGGAAAGUCUGCAGUGACCCAAACGUCAAAUACUCUGAGACUCAAUUGCUUGUGCUGCAUUCAGACCAACAGGCUGAGGUUACAGCCAGUAAAACUCAACCAGAUGUCCGGUCGUCUCAGCACUGCUCCGGUUUUUCUCCGAGUUCAGACUGUGCAAACAUUCAUCCGCAGCACUGCUCUCCUACUACAAAAUCCAUUCCUCUUCACUGCCCCCCACCGCCUCCACCUCCGCAGCCACCGUCUUACGCACAGUCCUUGGCCAAGUCUAACUUUUGCCAUUCGGAAACUCUUUCCGAUCCUCCCGCAUACACCUCUGCCCCCGUCAUCACGCAGCCUCCAAAAGUGAAUCGGACACCCGCAUCUACCGCCUCUAAUGGAGCUUCUGCUGUGCCACCAAGCCAGGCUUUGAGGAAGAUUCAGUCUGUUACUACACCCACAACCAACUCCAAAACUACAUUUGCAGUACUGAGUGCCAUGCCCAUCUACAGCCAGACGUUCUCCAGACCUACCUCAGCACACCAAGGGAUGUACAGGAGCCGUUCCAAGCCCAAGUCUAACUCAGAGGGGACUUUGAGGGACUUGCAAUCUUUGUCUGCCCAAGCCCAGUCAAAUCAGCAAGCAUUCAUCUCAGCCCUGCAGAAACUGGCUGACAAGCAGGUUGCUCGCCACUAUGCCAGCUCCAGUCACAUCAACCUGCUGACACACCAUCUGACCAACCUGAACCUGGCCAACAAGGUGGUGGGCCGAGAGAGUCACACACUGACCCCUAAAGCUGCUGCAAUCCACAAGCCUGUGAGAACUGCUCAAGCUGGAAAAGACUAUCUAGCCAGUACAGGGCCACCGCAGACGCAGGCUGCCCCCAAUGUGGUGAUGGGCUUGAACUCCACGCAGAGCAGUCAGUCAACCAAAGGAAGCUACCAGCUGCAGUUUGCUAUCCAGCAGCUGCAACAACAGAGAUUAAAGACCCAUCAGUUUUUAGACAGGGACCAUCCCAGACACCAGAUCCAGUUUCAUGACCAGACAAGCAGUCCACACCCGCAGGUAUCCACAAAACCCUCCAGCUGCCCACCGUCCAGCUUACAUGUUCGGUCCAGCCCCAACCACAGCCAGACCAAUGUUAGCCCGGCUUUUGCUCCAAAGCCACCCAGCAGUGCGCUGGAAGGACAGGGCAGGAAAACAGCAACAAAGCGCCUAAUAAAGCAGAUGUCCUCAGAGAGUUCAGCCAGUGGUUCCAUGUCAAGCAGCCAGCAGGUGGUCUACGAGGCCAUUUGCGGUAAAACAGGCUUUCCUGCGUACGGCAGGCUGUUCCAGGUCCAGGAGCCCUCCCACAGAUGACACGAAGAGGAUCUAGGGCGCGUCCUUCCAUUCUGCAGGCCUGACAGGUGUCUGUGCAUGUAACCGCAUCUCACACGGUGAUAUUCUGGGAGAGGACAACAGAUUAAAGUAUGCCUAACAUUGAGUAGUAUGCUAUUAAUUCAUCUAGCGUGCUGCCACAGACAUGCGAGGCCAAGAACGCCAAGCUUUGACGCAGGUUGGGAUUUAGUUGCACAGCUCCAGGCCCGCCACCCACCCCAAACCUUCAUCGCCCUUGGCUACUGCCAGUCUGCAUCCGAGCAGCUGCCCGCUCUCAUUCCCUCCAUGCCACCAAAGCCACAGGAAGGUUUCACUGACAGAUAGCCUUCAGCAUAUGGGUCCACAAAACCUGUUGGGGUGUGCACCUCUGGCUGUGUAACCACAUCUCUUCAACCAAGCGACAAGAAAAAAAAAAAAAAUACAGCCAGACAAGCAUAAUGAGAGAGUUUUGGUGAUUUUUGUUUGACAAGCGUUGUUAGCACUGAAUAAGUAGCUUCUUGUGUUACUGCAGCACAUGGUGAGCAUGAAAGUACCUUUCAUGUGUGGCUUCUAACUAUUCUGAAAGCCAUACAGCUGCCAAAUCUCUGCCCAUUGCCUGAGGACGAGUAAAAGUAUAGCUUCCUGCAGCUUGUAAGCUGAAACAUUCAGAUAGCUUAAACUGAUAUACGAAGGGGUGUUGCCUUGUCUCCUGUGUUUGAAGAGUUCACAAAUUUAACCUGUAACUUUUGUUGUGAAAUGUAAAGAUGUUGAUAUUCUUCACAUGGAUGGAUUAAAUUAAAUGUGGAAAUUAUUGUCAUUAUGCACAUAAUUUAUUUUGUAAAAAAAACAAAACUUGAAAAAUCUAAUUUUUGGCAAAUUUCUGUUCUAAAACCAACAAUAAAUUGCAAAUAGGGUUAUUUAUGGAUUAGCAGUAUCAUUUCCCAGUCCUAAUAGUUCUUCAGGGGUUUUUUUAUUUAGAUUUUUAUUCUUCAGAUGUUGGCUGCUUUUUACUCAUAUGCACUCAGUAGCUGACCUUUUCAAACAAAUAUUUCUGCUGUUCUUUCUUAUGACUCAUUCAGCCAUAAAUUCACCGUUAAACUGAAAGGACAAAGCAGUGUUGUGUCUUCAUAACAUACAAAUUGGUAAAGAGCCAAUUUUGACUUAGUUCUGCAAAGACUUAUUCACUAAUUCUUGGCUCACAGUGGAUAAUCCAUCUCUCAGGACUUUUGUCAGGUUUUUACUGGAUCUUUUUCUCCUGUUUCUUUAGAUUUCAAAAAGUAAUUUAGGCCUUACAAAACAUUUAUCCACUUGUCUCUAUUUUUAAGGAAACACUGCCACAUUAACCAUCAUUAUCAAAUACAGAAAACGUCUAAAGUCCAAAGAAAAAUCUUCAGAAAGCCCCAAAAAUAUUGAUCACAACCUCUUUGGAAAGUCACGUAUAAAUAAACACUGCAGUGUAUGUUAAUUUAAUGCAGAACAUGCAGAUCUAAAGUGUUUUGCGAAGUAUUAAUAUCCCUUUAACUUUCUCUCUCACCUUUUUGUCACGAGUAGAUAAAAGCGAUGCAUGGUUCGUGAUCUGUUCAUUUCUAUUCUGUCCCUUUACUCUGAUUCUCCUAAAUAAAAAUCCAGUGCAACCAACUAACUGCCUUCAGAAGCCUUCUAAUAAGUAAACAGAGUCCACUUCCAUGUGAUCUCUGUGUAAAUCCAAGCGGUUUGUUAGGACUUCAGAGAUUUAUUAGACUUUAUUAGUGAGCAAACAGAGUUGAUGUGGAGAUGAAUGAAUGCUGGCCAAUCGUGGAAUAAGAAACGACUUUGGACUGGCCUGAAGAUUCAGCGUCCAGCAGGACAACAAAACCCAACAUGCAGCCAGAGCAAUAGGGAACUGGUUGUAGAUAAAACAAUAUUCAUGUGUUUAAAAUGAUGCAAAGUCAAGAUGUUAAUCAGACUGUGAAUCUGUUCUUCACAGACACUGUGCAAUCUCACUGAGCUACUUUGCGCGAAGGAAUGGGAAUAAAAAAAAAAAAAACACUACAGUCUCUCCAGCAUAGAUGUGGUUUUCCAAAUGUGAACCAUGCAUCCCUCUCCUUCCAUUUCACAAUUAUGCACUUCUUUGUGUUGGUCUAUCACAUAAAAUCCUAAUAAAAACAUUUAAAUUGUGAUUGUAGCGUGACCAAAUGAGAGAGAAUCCAAGGGGUAUUUUACAAAGUACUUAUUGUAAUUAUUGUACUUGGGAGCACAUGGAGAGCUCAAUCGAAGUUUUAUUGUGGAGUAAAAGUCACUUUCUGUUUGACGACUGAAAUACUUGAAUUUUGUGCAAUGUUUUCUCUAACGGUUAUUUUUGCACAUUUUGUAGUUUUCAAAGCAGCGCAGUAAUGUAAUGGAUUGUUUUUGUAAGAUGUGAUGAACGUCGUGUUGUGUAUUAAUUACCCUUGAAGCCAGCGCUGGCAUGUUACAAGACUCGAUGUUGUUCUGUGAUGUGUUUUCCAUAAGCAGACCGUAGCAUAAACACUGGAUUAAAUAUCAAUAAAUAAACUGUUUGUGUAUUUGUCCAAAAAAUGA